CUCUCCUCAGUGAUGAACAAUGAACUUCUUCUUCUUCUUCCUCUAACCUAACCGUCUCUUUACUUGAUUCUCUGCGCCAUGAGAUUACAGAAAUCAGUGAACGAAGAAGCAAGAAUCGUCAAUUGAACUCGAUCAAAUGGCCUUAGCCACUGCGAAAUUGACAGAAUUACCAUUCCGUGGCACAAUUCCUCUUGUCUAUCACCCAUCAUCCUCUCUUCGUUUCCGUUUCUUCAUUUAUUCAUACCCAAAACGUGCUUUUUCUCUCUUCAAACCAUUCUCUUCACUUCGUUCCACCACAGAAUCCACCAAUACCACAAACCCUACCUCUGGCAUUCAGAAACCAAAGGUUUCUUCUUCUGCUCCCUGGAUCAAAAAGUGGCCAUCUCCCAACACACCAAAUGACUCGGACCUGAGAGGAGCUGAUACGAACAACAACAAUAGAGGAGGAGAAAAUCGCACGGAAAGUCGGUUUUUUGAUGGAAGGACUGGUGGUGUAGGGACUACUGCAAUUGAAAGAAUUGCUCUCCGAUUGCGGAAUCUUGGUCUGGGCUCCGAUGAUGACAACAAAAGCGAAGAAGAAGAAGACGAAGAAGAACACACUGAAGUGAAAAGAAAAAGAAAUGAACCAGUGAAUAGCGAGGAGAAAUUAGGGGACUUGUUGAGGAGAGAUUGGGUGAGACCUGAUAGGAUGUUAAUUCAAGAAGAGGAAAAUGAAUCGUGGUUGCCAUGGGAGAGGACGGAGAGCAAUGAAGAAGGUGGUAAGAAUGGAACAAGGAAGAAGACAGUGAAGGCACCUACAUUGGCAGAACUGACCAUUCAGGAUGAAGAACUGAGGCGGUUAAGGAGGCAGGGGAUAAUUCUCAGGGAGAGGGUCAGUGUGCCUAAAGCAGGGUUAACUGCAGCUGUACUUGAAAAGAUUCAUGAACAAUGGACUAGAUCAGAAAUAGCUAGGCUUAAAUUUCACGAAGAUUUGGCUCAUGAUAUGAAGACAGCACAUGAGAUUGUUGAGCGUCGAACUGGAGGGUUAGUCAUAUGGAGGUCAGGAAGUGUGAUGGUUGUGUAUCGUGGAAGCAACUAUGAAGGGCCAACUCUGAUUCAGAGGGAAAUGGAAGCAGACAAUGAUAAUAUUUUCAUUCCAGAUGUAACUGCUGCUAAAAGUCCUAUUGAGAAUCUUGAAAAUAAAACAGUUGUGAAUCCUGAGAAAAUAAAGGUGUCUCUUCCAACACGUUUGGCAAAUAUGACGGAAGAGGAAAUGGAAUGCAAUGACCUUCUUAAUGGUUUAGGUCCACGUUUUGAGGAUUGGUGGGGUACUGGAAUGCUACCGGUUGAUGCUGAUUUGCUUCCUCAGACAAUUUCGGGUUACAAAGCCCCUUUUAGGCUUCUUCCAACUGGGAUGCGAUCUGGGCUGACAAAUGCAGAGAUGACUAAUCUGAGGAAGCAUGCAAAAUCACUUCCAUGCCAUUUUGCCCUUGGAAGGAACAGAAAUCAUCAAGGUCUAGCUGCUUCUAUAGUCAAGGUGUGGGAGAAAAGUCUCGUGGUAAAAAUUGCAGUGAAACGUGGAGUACAGAACACAAACAAUAAGUUAAUGGCCGAGGAAAUAAAGGAAUUAACUGGUGGUGUGUUGCUAUUGAGAAACAAAUAUUACAUUGUAAUAUACCGAGGCAAAGAUUUUCUACCAACAAGUGUUGCUACCGCUUUAGCCGAAAGGACUGAAAUGACCAAUCAGGUUCAAGACGUUGAAGAGAAAGUACGGAGUAAAGCAGUUGAAGAGAAAGUACAGAGUAAAGCAGUGAUGCCUGCAAGUGGGCAGGUGCAAGCUGGUACUCUGACUGAAUUCUAUGAGAAUCAGGCUAAAUGGGGAAGAAAUAUAACUGAUGAAGACCGAGAGAAGAUGAUAGAAGAAUCUGUCAGAGCUAAAAGUACUAAGGCUGUCAUGAAAAUGGAAAACAAACAGACUCUUGCUCAAUCCAAAUUGCUGAGAGCAGAGAAAAUGUUGGCUAAAUUAGAAGCAUCUAUGAUCCCUGUUGGACCUUCUGAUGACCAGGAAACAUUAACUGAGGAGGAAAAAUCCAUGUUUAGAAGAGUUGGAUUAAGGAUGACUCCAUACUUACCUCUAGGAAUUAGAGGUGUUUUUGAUGGAGUUAUUGAGAACAUGCACUUGCACUGGAAACACAGAGAACUUGUAAAGUUGAUUUCCAAACAGAAGAAUGCUGCCUUUAUUGAAGAAACAGCAAGAUUGUUGGAAUAUGAGAGUGGAGGGAUACUAGUCACAAUCGAAACUAUUCCGAAAGGUCAUGCCCUUAUUUAUUAUCGUGGGAAGAAUUAUAGGCGACCAAUCAGCCUGCGGCCAAGAAACCUUCUAACAAAGGCCAAAGCCUUGAGGCGUUCUAUUGCCAUGCAAAGAUAUGAGACUCUCACCCAACACAUGUCCGAGCUGGAGAAAACAAUAAAGCAGAUGAAGCAUGAAAUUGGCGAUUAUGAAGAUGAAGUUGAUGGGAACACCAUUAAUUUCAAGCAUGAUGAAUUCGCUAAUACGUUGGACUCGGUCGAAAGUGAAGAUGAUGAAUCUUCAUGGAGUAAUUCUGAUAAUGAUGAUGAAAAUGAGCUUGAGUGGGAUGGCAGUGAAAUAUCGAAGAAUUUAGACCUGGAUAAUGAUUGUGGUCCAUCUUCCUUGGUUGGCUGAUUUUUGUUGAUUGAAAAUACGCAUACCAAAAAGAUACACCCUUUGAAGCAUCUGUUUCUCAGUUAAAGCAACUGAAUCACCCACCAAUGGUAGUUUCAGAUUACAGGCUAUGGCUACAUUGGUUCCAAAAGGGUAAAGUUGAAAUGAAGAAAGUAUGUAUAUUAAUGGAAGUGCUGACAUUGGUUUAUAUCCAGGUAAUCUUAACUAAUAUGAAUCAUUUUAUUGUAUAACAAUAAUAUCGAUAUAGUUUGGUAGCAUUUGUGGGGGGAAAGGAAAGGAAACAUGGGAAAAUAAGAUAAUCCUUUGCAAAAUGUAUUCUCUAAUGGUGAAAGAUGUAUAAGAAUUAUUAUACAGUGAAUGAAUGUCAGAUAAUUUCUU